UAUCUAGACUAAUAUAUUUCAGGGAUAUAAGUAGCAAGAUAAUGUGCAACGAAAGUUAAACACUGCUGAAAACUGGGAAGGGGCGCAAUAUUAAUCUUAUAGGCCGACGGAGCGGUGGAGUUAGAUCGGGAGAAGAUGAAGAAAAUAUUCGGGAAGAUUGAGAACAGAAGAGAUGAGAAGGAGAAUGAGAAAGCUCACAGUAGCUAUAUCGGGAAGAAAUUCAACGUUGGCCGGCAUACGGUCAUCAUUGAGGAUGUUGUUGCAGAAGGAGGUUUUGCGAUUGUAUUCCUUGUUAAGGGUGCAAAUGGUGCGCGGAUGGCUCUAAAGCGCAUGUGCGUGAAUAAUGAUAAAGAUUUGGCUGUGUGCAAACGAGAAAUCAAUAUUGUGUCUAAUCUUACCGGACAUAAGAAUCUAAUCGAGUAUGUGGACUCUUGUGUUAAUAGCUCAGAGGGAGGAGUACAUGAAGUACUCCUCCUCAUGCCAUAUCACAAGGUUCAUGUACUGCAGCUAAUGAAUGAGAAGCUAUCGACUGGGUUUACUGAAGCUCAAAUUCUAGAGAUAUUCUGUGAUGUUUGCGAAGGACUCGCAAGGUUGCACCAUUGUCAGACUCCAAUCCUUCAUAGAGAUUUAAAGGUUGAAAAUAUCCUGCAGGCAGAUAAAGGUCACUUCAUCCUCUGUGAUUUCGGAUCCGCUACUGCGAAGGUUCUUGAUCCUGCAGUCCACGGUGCAACUUUUGUAGACGAAGAAAUAAAAAAAUAUACAACUUUAUCCUACAGGGCUCCCGAGAUGAUUGAUGUUUAUAACAUGCAACCAAUAACAACUAAAGCAGAUAUUUGGGCGCUCGGUUGUAUGCUUUACAAGCUUUGCUUCUUUACACUUCCAUUUGGGGAGAGUACACUGGCAAUUCAAUCCGGAAACUUUACAUUCCCACCUACUUCUAAAUAUUCCCAGAAUCUUCAUAAGCUGAUCAGAUACCUUCUAACUCCUUCAGCAGCAGAUAGACCAGAUAUAUUCCAGGCUGCUAGUUUAGCUUUCCAGAUUGCCGGGAAGAAAUGUCCCAUUCAGAAUUUACAUCAUGUUCUGGUUCCUAGCGUCUCUAGUUUAACUUUAAACACUCCACCAGUCCAGAAAUAUGAAACAGACACACACAACAAGGACGCAGACAAACUCUCACCUCAGUUACUGCCUGUCACCCCUGCUAAGGUUGGCGCCCUGCUCCCACAAUCACCCUCCCACCAGGCUCUGGGGUCUGCUGUGCCCCUGGAUACCAAAACAUCUGUUGCCCCUAGAUCCAGACCUAAAGGACAUACUUCUGCUAAGGGACCCCUUCCACUUCCAAUUCAGUCAGCUUCGCUUUCAGGACGGAAAGGGGAGGAUUCUCAACCCAAACCUCAGGUUCCAAUCUCCGCAAACAAACCUCAGGUUUCUGUCUCCGCAACCAAACCUUCUAAUCCGUUCCCAAUAAAGGAUGUAAACUCUAGGGUUGAAAACUCAGAUUAUCCUUCAACAAAUCCAUUCGUUUCAGACGUUUUUCAGGAUCCAGCUGGUAGUGGGCCGGUUAGUCUGUGCAAUUUACCCUCUGAUACAGUUACUAAGAGCUCUGAAAUUGCUAAACCUAGGCUGGGACAUCGUCGAAAUACUUCAGAUACGCAAACAUUUCAAAAUAAUCCGUUUCUAUCAGUUAACCCUGAUCCUACCCCAGGACCUCAGACCCUUGGGAACAGGGUUAAAGGUUGGAAUCCGUUUGAAGAUUCAGUCAACUUCGGGGCCAUGUCUGAGGAUGUUAUUUUUGGAGAACCCGGUGGGAAAGGGGCGAAAACAAAAAAGGGAAAGAAUUCGACAGAAUGAAAGGCGGAAACGGCGAUGAUCUCUCCGCCAGCAGUCGCCGAGAUCCUUUUGGCAGCGCGCCUUUUACCCAGUCAUAGAAUUACUAAGAAUAUUUAAAACCUUGUCACUAGUUUAUGCUCUUAUUUAAAUAGAACGUAUAUAUUGAAAAUGUGCAUCUGUUAAACGGCCUAACAUUCCUAGGAGUUAGGAUCUACAGUAAAAACAGGAGGUUAAAAGUUAGUUUAUGUAAUCAUAAUAUUCCUUAUAUAUUGAUAGAAAUUUAGACUAGUUCAUUGUUUUUUGUCAACAAACGUUCAGCUAAGAUAGUUAAAUGUGCUGCUAAAAUUUCUACCUGGUUAGAUUAAUUCCUUAAAUCUGUUUCAGUUUAAAAUUUAGUGCUCCAAAUAUUGUAUUUAAACAGUAGGCUUAUGUUAAGCUUAACAUGAUUAAUAUACAAUUGGCAAUUUGUUAAAUAAUAUCUUUACUUUCAAAUCAUAUUUUUACACGUUUAAGAAAAUAAGAUUAUAUGGAUAAAGGCUAAAACAAACCUUGAUCAGCAAUUCGGCCUUUGUUUUAAAUUUUUAACACGAUUUAAUAGACAAUUAAAGAUUUAGAAUUAGGUUUUGAAUGUCCCUGGGUUGUUCUCUCUACAAAGGAUACAUAAAUAUCGUUUUAUCUCGUAAACCAACAAGACGAAAACUUUUCUUUCAGUUGCGAGAAGAAUCCAUAAGCUGACCCGGAAUUAUAAACCUUGCCAUUAUUACUUUAGGUAUCUGGUUUCCAUCGUGAGCUUUUCAUCAGCAUUUUUUCUAAAUUAACAUUUUCUAAAAUUGUAACUAUGAUACAACAAAACUCGAAUUUUGCAUUGUUACAUUGUUAAACCUGCAUUUUCACAAAUAUUUUAUUUUGAAGAAAAACACAUUUUAAAGAUUUAAGGGGAUGAAGGAGCUGCGAUGGAGAACCAUCCAGCUAGAAAUAAAGGACAUAAUUCCGGGUCACAACAAAAUCCCAAGUUGCCGCAGGGUUUUGGAAUUUCCUUCUUGUUUAAAACAUAUGAACAAAUUAUAAAUAUUAAUUUUAUAUGUACAAUGUACAUGUUCAUGGUUAGUGCGUAGUACACCAGUAUCGAUAUUAUUAACUUGGUAAAUUCGCAGAAUUAUUUUAUUUUUUAUCUUUCAAUGUUUCAUUUUGUUCCUGUUUAUUUGCAUUUUACAUU